UUUGAGCUCGCGCACCGCAGUACCGCACUCGCGUGUCCGUACUGUUCGUCCUGUCGGAGAAAAAUGGCGGUGUGGAGUAGCAUUUUGCGUGCCGCGAGGCAAAGGAUUCUGCAAAACAGCGGAUCUGGAACGGCAUUGUUGAAAAACGGGCAAAUAAGAUGCAUGUCUGAGGACCGUACCUUAAACAUACAACCGAGCCGUUUUCAAUGGCACAAGACGAAAGAUUACUUUCACUUUUACUUCUUGCUCGGUGCAAUCCCCGUUGGAAUCGCAAUCACCUUGGUUAACGUGUUUAUCGGUCCCGCCACGCUCGAGGAGAUCCCCGAGGGUUACGUUCCAAAGGAAUGGGAGUAUCUGCAGCAUCCAAUUAAAAGAUUUCUCCAACGCUACUUCUUCCCGUCUCCGCAGCAGGAAUACGAAAAGUAUCUGCAUCACAUAUAUCACGAGUGCCAGGUCAGGAAAGUCAGGGUUCUCGAACAACAAGUCAACGCCGCGAUGGCCGAUCGUCGCGAUUACAGAGGCCCAUACUUCAAGGAGUUCUAUGGCGCGAAGUAUCUACACUUGUACAAUAAGUCUUUGGAGGAGAGAAGCAAGCUUGAGGGCAGUUAAGCUUUUAACUUGGUUGACUUAUGUUGCAGAGAACCCUAUGCGGUUUCAAAUCUCUGCUGGUAAAUACAUCGCAUUGUACAGUUAUUAUAUACAUAGUUAUAGUUAAUAAAGUCUUAAUUAAAAUUUUC